AUGGGAAAGAAGGCGAUUCAGUUUGGCGGCGGAAAUAUUGGCCGCGGCUUCGUGGCCGAGUUUCUUCAUGAGGCUGGCUAUGAGGUGGUCUUCAUCGACGUGAUGGACAACAUCAUCAACAGCCUCCAGAACUCCAGCUCCUACGAGGUCACCGAGAUCAGUGAGCAGGGCGAGUCGACCAAGACCAUCACCAAUUAUCGUGCCAUCAACUCCAAGACUCACGAGAAGGAUGUCGUCCAGGAGAUCGCCACCGCAGACGUUGUCACCUGUGCCGUGGGCCCCAACAUCCUCAAGUUCAUCGCCCCCGUCAUCGCCAAGGGAAUCGAUGCCCGUACUGUCUCGAAGCCGCUGGCUGUUAUUGCAUGUGAGAACGCGAUUGGUGCCACUGACACUCUCCAUGGCUUUAUCAAGGAGCACACCGACAAGCAGCGUCUGGAGUCCCUCUACUCGCGGGCUCAGUUCGCCAACUCCGCCAUUGACCGGAUUGUCCCCAACCAGCCUCCCAACAGUGGCCUGAACGUCCGCAUCGAAAAGUUUUACGAAUGGGUUGUUGAAAAGACUCCCUUUGGCGACGUUGGCCACCCUGACAUCCCGGCGAUCCACUGGGUGGACAAUUUGGAGCCGUACAUUGAGCGUAAGCUCUUCACGGUCAACACUGGUCACGCCACUACUGCCUACGCCGGCCACUUGGUUGAAAAGUCAACCAUUGCCGACGCUCUCCACGAUGCGACUAUCCGUGAAGCUGUUCAAAAGGUCUUGAAUGAGACUGCCGCACUCAUCGUCGCCAAGCACAACAUUUCUGAGAAGGAGCAGAAGGACUAUGUCAACACCAUUAUCACCCGCAUUUCUAACCCUUACCUGGAGGACAACGUCGAGCGUGUCGGUCGGGCUCCCAUCCGUAAGGUGUCUCGCAAGGAGCGUUUCAUCGGACCUGCCGCUCAGCUGGCUGAGCGCGGACUGAAGUUUGAUGCUCUUCUUGGAGGUUUGGAGACCGCCUUGCGUUUCCAGAACGUCCCCGGUGACGACGAGAGUGUCGAACUCGCCAAGAUUCUCAAGGAACUGUCGGCUGACGACGCAACUACCAAACUCACUGGCCUCGAGAAGGAGCACCCUCUCUAUUCGCACGUGCUCAAGGUUGUGGAAAAGGUGCAGAAGGACUCCAAGUAG